GCUGGCUGGAAGGAAAAUCACGCAACAUUUAUGAAUGAACUGAAAAACCUGCAAGCGUCAGGGCUAACAACCCUUGGUCAGGCCCUCAGAUCGUCAUUUGACUUGCUAAAUCUCAACAGAUUAGUGUCUGGAAUAGACAAUUAUGGACAGGGAAGGAAUCCGUUCUUUUUGGAACCAUCUAUUUUAAUUACCAUCACAGAUGGAAACAAACUGACAAAUACGGCUGGAGUUCAAGAAGAGCUUCAUCUUCCUCUGAACUCUCCUUUGCCUGGAAGUGAACUCACCAAAGAGCCGUUCCGCUGGGAUCAAAGGCUGUUUGCUCUGGUGCUGCGCCUGCCGGGAGCCGCGUCCGCGGAGCCGGAGCAGCUCGGGAGCGUGCCCACCGAUGAGUCCGCCAUCACGCAGAUGUGCGAAGUCACGGGAGGUCGUUCCUACUGUGUUCGGACACAAAGAAUGUUGAAUCAGUGUUUAGAGUCUUUAGUUCAGAAAGUUCAAAGUGGAGUUGUUAUUAACUUUGAAAAGUCAGGACCAGAUCCCGCUCCUAUCGGAGAAGAUGGACUUGUUGAUUCAUCCAGGCCCAUCAAUUCAUUUGUUUCUCAACCGUGGCAUAGUUGUCAUAAGCUCAUUUAUGUACGGCCUAAUCCUAAAACUGGUGUUCCUGUGGGACAUUGGCCAAUUCCAGAAUCUUUUUGGCCUGAUCAGAAUUCACCAACACUGCCUCCACGCACAGCUCACCCUGUUGUGAGGUUUUCCUGUGUCGAUUGUGAACCAAUGGUCAUAGACAAACUUCCUUUUGACAAGUAUGAGCUGGAGCCUUCGCCAUUAACACAGUACAUCUUGGAACGAAAGUCUCCCCAUACCUGCUGGCAGGUAUUUGUGAGUAGCAGUGGAAAAUACAGCGAACUUGGCCAUCCGUUUGGGUAUUUAAAAGCAAGCACUACUUUAACCUGUGUAAACCUCUUUGUGAUGCCUUACAACUAUCCUGUUUUACUUCCAUUGCUAGAUGAUUUGUUUAAGGUUCACAAACUUAAACCAAAUCUGAAGUGGCGACAGGCUUUUGACAACUACUUAAAAACCAUGCCUCCUUACUACCUACUGCCAUUAAAGAAAGCCCUAAGGAUGAUGGGAGCUCCAAAUCUGAUAUCAGAUAAUUUAGAUUGUGGACUUAGUUACAGUGUUAUCUCUUACCUUAAAAAACUCAGCCAACAGACAAAAAUAGAGUCGGAGCGGAUUAUAGGUUCAGUGGGUAAGAAAGUUCCACAAGAAAUUGGAAUAAAAGUGAAAAAUCACUCCAGUGGCCUCUCCUUGGUGCACAGUAGGGAUUUUAAGCAACUGCUGCAAGGGAUCACUGGGGAAUCUCCACUGAGACUGGCAGAAAUGAAUGUUAAAGAAUUUGCUGGCUUCCACAUAGGACUCUUAAACAAGGAUUUAAAACCACAGGCAUUCAGAAAUGCGUAUGAUAUUCCUCGUCACAGUCUUCUAGACCAGCUAACUAGAAUGAGAACCAAUCUUCUGAAAAAUCAGAGGCUCAUUUUGGGGCAGGAUGAGGAUUGCCUUCAUAGUGUCCCUGUUGCUCAAAUGGGAAAUUACCAGGAAUACCUGAAAAUGAUGCCAUCACCCCUCCGGGAGAUCGAUCCAGAUCAACCGAAAAGGCUUCACACGUUUGGCAAUCCUUUUAAACAGGAUAAGAAGGGUAUGAUGAUAGAUGAAGCAGACGAGUUUGUGACCGGGCCCCAGAACAAGGUGAAACGUCCCGGGGAGCCCAACACCCCCGCGUCGCUGAAGAGGAGGCGCAGCAUGUCCCCGCUGCUGCGGCGCCCGCAAGCGCCGCCCGCCACAGCCAACCACGUCGGGGGAAAGGGGCCGCCCGCUGCGCCCGGCUCCCCGGCGCUCCUCGGCCUCAAGGGCAUCUCUGCAAACAAAGAUACCAACAGCAGUACUGUCCAAGAUGGCAAUGGAGAGAAGAAAGCAGAAAAUUGUCAGUCGGUGGAAAAGCAAAUUGAUGGUUUACCUGGGCAAAUGGCACCCUCAGUUCCAGCUGUCAUGGGAGAGGAUGAGAUGCUGCCGAAUGACGUAGAUUCUCUACCAGAUGAGUUCAGUUGCUUAAGUGAAGAUGGGUUGGAUCAUAAACCUGGAACCAACGCACUUGUUCGAGGGCCUCUAAAUUACAAUGCGUCUGGAGAUGACCAAAAACGGGUUAUGGAGUCCACUUCUGGAUCUGUGCCAAACUCAUUGAAGAUAACACCCACGAUGCUGGAGGGAAACAAUGCUGAUAUCAAGAUUAAAGUGAUGAAGGAGGUUCGCAAACCUGGAAGAAAUUAUGAAAAAAUCUUCUCUCUUCUUGAAGAGGUGCAAGGACCUAUGGAAAUUCAGAAGUAUUUCAUUGAAUUUGCUAUCAAGGAAGCAGCAAGGUUUAAAAAACGGGUCUUAAUACAACACUUAGAGAGAAUACUAGAGGAACUAGAGUUCAACAGUCUACCCAACAGAGUUAAUCAUGUCAACAGUAGAUAAUAGUGUACCGCCCAGACCUGUAUGGACCAGGAUUGAGUUUGCUGUGCCACAGAAGAGUGCAAGAGGAUGCAGCUGCUGCCCUCACCAUCUUGGCAGUCAAGUGAUUUUACUGUCCGAAUCCGAGAAGAAGCAGUGGAGCUUAAACUUUAAGAACCUCUAUCGGCAGAAGCUGGGCUAUAACCUUAAGGAUUUGCCAUGAAAGGUGUGGCUUUUUUCCUGUGGAGGGUGCUAUUUGCUCAACAGGCUGAAGAAAAUAACCAUUGCUGCCCCUCCUGCAGACAUUAUGAAAGUGCACCUGAGGCUUCCCAGGUCCCCGACUUCAGUUCUCUUUCAUCCUGUGAGGAGGACGGAGAUUCUUCAGGUGGCCUUGGCACACGCUGUGCUUUGGAAGCACUAAAAGGAAACGCUUUUAAAAACGUGUAUUUUAAUGUUCAUACAAAAGAGAUUAUUUUGAACAGUAUUGUUACCAGAUCACUAAUUUGAUAUUUUAACUGUAUAAAUUUUUUGGAACAUAUGUAUAUAUAAAAUAAACCAUUUUAUUAAUUUUUAA